CGGGUCUGUGGGGAGCCGGAGCCGGGGCGGGCCCGAGUCAAAGGCGAGUGAAGGUGGAAGCGUCCGCGGUGGCAGCAGGGUGUGAGUGGAGCAGCCUCCCACGCUCAGUUUCCUUGACCUGCCAGGCCACCAUGGCAGAGCUGCAGGAGGUGCAGAUCACGGAGGAGAAGCCACUGCUGCCAGGACAGACACCUGAGACAGCCAAGGAGGCUGAGUUAGCUGCCCAAAUCCUUCUGGACCAGGGACAGACUCACUCUGUGGAGACGCCUUAUGGCUCCGUCACUUUCACUGUCUACGGCACCCCCAAACCCAAACGCCCAGCAAUAUUCACUUACCACGACGUGGGACUCAACUAUAAAUCUUGCUUCCAGCCGCUGUUUCAAUUUGGGGAUAUGCAAGAAAUCAUUCAGAACUUCGUGCGGGUUCACGUGGAUGCCCCUGGAAUGGAAGAGGGGGCUCCUGUGUUCCCUUUGGGAUACCAGUACCCAUCUCUGGACCAGCUUGCAGACAUGAUUCCUUGCAUCCUACAGUACUUAAAUUUCUCUACGAUAAUUGGAGUUGGUGUUGGUGCUGGAGCCUACAUUCUCUCACGAUAUGCUCUUACCCACCCGGACACAGUUGAAGGUCUUGUUCUCAUCAAUAUUGAUCCCAAUGCCAAGGGCUGGAUGGAUUGGGCGGCCCACAAGUUAACAGGCCUCACCUCUUCCAUUCCGGAAAUGAUCCUUGGACAUCUUUUCAGCCAGGAAGAGCUUUCGGGAAGUUCUGAGUUGAUACAAAAAUACAGAAAUAUCAUCACACAUGCACCCAACCUGGAGAACAUUGAACUGUACUGGAACAGCUACAACAACCGCCGAGAUCUGAACUUCGAGCGUGGUGGUGAGGUCACCCUCAAGUGCCCCGUGAUGCUGGUGGUAGGAGACCAAGCACCUCAUGAAGAUGCAGUGGUGGAAUGCAACUCAAAGCUGGACCCCACGCAGACCUCUUUCCUCAAGAUGGCUGACUCUGGAGGUCAGCCACAGCUUACACAGCCAGGCAAGCUGACUGAGGCUUUCAAAUACUUCCUGCAAGGCAUGGGCUACAUGGCCUCAUCCUGCAUGACUCGCCUAUCCCGGUCCCGUACAGCAUCUCUGACCAGUUCAGCAUCCAUUGAUGGCAACCGGUCCCGCUCCCGCACCCUGUCACAGAGCAGCGAGUCUGGGACUCUCCCUUCCGGACCCCCGGGGCACACCAUGGAAGUCUCCUGUUGAACGACCCUUAUUGCCCUGUCAUGGAACCCAGCCCUGGCCUUCCACAGAUCUAACCCGGGAGUUGCAUCAGGGCAUUGGGACAGAGUAAGCAAGGAAAAUGGGAAGAUCAUGCAGGGAGAUGACCUUGAUCUUUGAUUGCUACCCUAACCUUGACCUAAUAUAACCUGUGAUUUCCCCCCAGCUCCUGGGAGAGAUGUUCUAAUAUCUCUUAGAGACCCAGGCCCGCUAAACUAUCCCCUCUCCUGUUUUGGCAUUGAGAAGGCAUGUGUCCUCUCUCCCUGAUCUAGGUGUCUGUAGCUGAGGGAUAAUAGGGUGUUGUAGAUGUCAUGGGGCCUCCAUCACUCCCUCCUUAUCCCAUAUUUGCAAAAAUGGGAGAGUUGGGCUUGGAGCUCUAGUCCCCAAAGCUGAUAAUGGCUUUUCCUUGACUCUUCAGGCCUCUGAAGGGAAUGGGCCUAAAUGAAUGUGUAUCAGGAGGAGGCUGAUAGGUGUGUCAGUGAUCCUUAGGAUGUGAUAGAAGCAUCCAACAUGUAAAAAGGAAGUUUGAAUGGGAGACAGUGGGCAAUGAUGGAUGGAUUGGAGCUGGGGCAGUAGGAAGGGGCCUGGGGCCAUUUGGCUGCACUAACUUUGAUAGCUGUCAGUGUGCAUCUAGAGUGGGAUGAGGGAGGGAGCUUGGGUCAGGCUGUUUGGGGCUUGGCAUAAGGGUGGGAGGGGCCACCUCAGGCUCUGGCCAUACUGUUGUGUAGAGGGUAGCCUCCUGUCUCCCACAACUUCUGCUGUGACAAUAAACUAUAGAGGAAUCUGAGCACCAUUAUUAA